AUGCAGUUGACGGAUGCGAUGAAGGGCACACAGCAAGACCAUAAUAUGAUCAACUUGGAAGGUCAAGAGCCGGAGGAGUCACCAUCAUCUCCACCCGAAGAUGAUGUAGCAGAGAACGGAGCAAAGGUCUACGAUGUACUUGCACAAGCGGUCGAAGCACAACGGGUCGCAAUGCGAGCAGCAGCAGCAGAAAGAAUCUCUGACGCGAAUCAAUCUAAACCGGAACACACACCAGAGGCGAGCCCACCUAUUCCCGAGGCCCCGAAUCACCUGCAACUGCAAGACGAGUUUCUAGAGAGCGCCAAGGCAAUAGUCAGUGAUCCAAUUCUGCGACAGAAAUACUUUCCUGAUCCCUUUGCUGUUCGUCGGAUCAGAGUGUGGGCAGGCGAGGAUUUGGCCACACAUAAGGUCAAGCGCAGAGUCAAUGCGGCAUUACUCCCAUGGGCUGGAGUUCAUCGACCUUUUUGCUCGUGGCAGGAUACAGUGAGUGCCUACAUGUGGGAUCUUGCGAGAGCCAGGCUGACCUAA